AUGGAUCAGAAUCAGUAUUCGGCGUUCUCGCCAAUCUCAGCAACCGCUACUCGGCUUACCUUUGACAACAUUCCUCUCAAUUCUCCUCAACACAACGGUCCGAAGUCUUCUAAGAAGAAUGCCACACCAAAGGCUCCUGACACGUCAACCGCACCUGGAAGCAGCGCCAGACGCAGAAACAGCACACCAGGCUUCAUUUCCGCCGACGGAGCCGAUAUCGUCACCGUCGACGGUAACCCCAUUUCGCGAGCCAAUCCGUCGCCAGCCUUGGCGAAAGAUGCAUUGGCUGCCAUCGCAGCAGCGUCCCUGAAGCCGGCUCCUCCCAGGUCUGCUGCAAGGCAGAGCCGAGCCAUUGUCCCGGUUGCGGAGACGAGGCUCGAAGAGGAGGAGCAGGUCUGGCAGCGAUACCGGGAGUCAGGGUUGGACGAGGUCGCAGUUCUGCGGAAAGAGCGAGACGCGUUAAUGGAGAAGGCGAACUCGCUGGAUCAAGAGCUCUACGAGUACCAGUACAACAUGGGUCUGUUGCUGAUGGAGCGUCAGAAGUGGCUACCCAAGUACGAGGACGCGCGAGCGGCGCUGGAGGAGGCGGAAGCGGAGCUGCAGCGCGAAGCGACUGCGCACAGGGUCGCACUCGCGGAAGCGAAGGAGAGGGAGAAGUCUCUACAAGACGCGCUCGCCAUCGAGCAGGACUGCGUCGCAAGCAUGGAGCGAGCAGUCAAGGAGCUGCAGGUGGAGGUGGAGGAGACGAAGAGGCACGCGCGCACGGCGCUGGACGAGGCCAACGCCACCAUGACCGCCGCCGAGAAGAAGCUGCAGGCGGCGGAAGCGGCUAGCCGGCAGGUGGAGGCGAGCAGGAGCGAGGCGAGCAGGCGGAUCGCGGAGGCGGAGCGGAAGCAGCAGGAGCUGGAGGCCCGGGAGGCGAAUGGCCGGCGCGAAGUUCAGGCGGAGAAGGACAGGCUGGAGGCCAAGGCGCAGGAGUUGGAGGCACAGAAAGGGUCACUGAGUGACUGGGAGGCCAAGCUGAAGCAGCGAAAUGCGAAGAUACUGGAGAGCGAGAAGAUGCUGGAUACACGGGAGGCGCGCAUAGGCGCAGCGAUGGACGAGCUCAAGGCGGCGGAGCAGCAGGCGGAGGCGCGCAAGGCGGCGCUGCAGGAGGAGGCGCGGCGGCUGGAGGGCGCGCGGGAGCAGGCGCGGGAGGCGGAGGAGCGCGCUCGGAAGGAGGCGCAGGCGGUGGCGGAGGGGAAGGUGGCGCUGGCGAAGCGGGAGGGCGAGCUGGCGGUGCAGGAGGACCUGCUGGUGGCGCGCGAACAGGACGCGGUGGCGAGGGAGAUGCGCGGCAAGGAGGUGGAGCUGCGCGUGGCGAGCGAGCAGGAGAGGGUGCGCGAGUGGGAGGAGAGCCUGCGGAAGCGGCAGGCCGCGCUGGACGACCUCAAGGCCAAGCUGGCGAGCGAGAAGAAGGGGCUGGACGAGGUGGAAGCGUCGCUGAGCAGUGGGCGCGCGCAGCUGGAGGAGAUGCAGGCGGAGCUGCAGAGCAAGGAGCGCGCGCUGCUGGCGGAGCGGGAGAGGGUGCAGGCGCAGGAGAACGAGGUGGAAGGGCUGCGCGCGCAGGUGGCGCAGAAGGAGGAGCUGGUGGAGCAGCGCGAGCAGGGCGCGCAGAGACGCGCGGAGAGGGCGGCGGAGCGCAUGGCGGAGGCGGAGGCGCUGGUGCUGCAGGCGGCGAGCAGGGAGAGGGAGGUGGAGCAGAGGCAGGCGCAGGUGGACAGGGAGUUGAGGCGGUUGGAAAUGGGGAGAGCGGAGGCGGACGCAGAGAAGCAGCAGCUGGAGGACCUUCGGGAGAGGGUUCGCUCUGAGCGAGCUGAUGCAGAGGCGGAGAAGCGCCAAGCAGCAGCUGCUCUGGCCAAAGCGGAGCAGACUAUAGCGGAGUCGGGGGUCAAGCGGGAGGCAGCACAGGCGGAAAUGAAGCGGGCGCAGGAGCGGCUUGAGGAGGCGGAGAGGCGCGUGCAGGAGCUGAGAGCGGAAAAGGAGAGGUUUGAGAAGGAGUGGGAGGUGCUGGAUGGGCAGAGGGAAGAGGUGGAGAGGAUGGAGGUAGAAGUUGGGAAACUGAGGGAGAAAGCACUAGCUGAUGUCCAGAAGGAGAGGGAGGAGGUGAGGGGGAAAGAGAGGGAGGUUGAAGCGAGGUUGGAGAAAGGGAGAGAGGAGUUGGAGGAGGAGAGGAGAGGGAUUGCGGAGGAGUGGAGGAGGAAGGGAGAGGAGGUCGAGGCGGAGAGGGAGGAGGUGGAGAGGGAACGGGAGAAGAUGCGUGAGGAGAGAACGGCGUUGGAAGAAGCGUCUGCGGAGGUGGAAGGGCAGAGAGAGGCGCUGAAGGCGGAACGGGGCGAGCUGAGGAAGGAGAUUGAGGAGAAGAAGACGGUGUUUGCGCAGCUGUCGCAGCAGCAUGCGGCUCUGGAGCGGAAGGGGAAGGCGGUGAAAGCGGAAGAGGAGAAGGUGCGGGAGAUGUUAGCAGCGGUGGAGAACGGUCGGAAGGAACUGGAGCAGGAGAAGGAAGGGUGGAAAGAGCAGCAUCAGCAGAUGCUGAGCGCCGUGCGGGCAGAGCGAGAAGGCGUGGAAGAGGAGAGGAAGAGGGUGGUAGCAGAGGCGCGGGAAGAGAGGGUGAGGCUGGGAGAGGAGGCGGAUGACGUGGCACGGGCGAGAAAGGAAGUGGACGAGGGCAGGCAGCAGGUGGAGAGGGAGAUGGAAGAGCUCGCUUUUCAGAGAGCUGCGUUACAAUCAGAGGAGGUUGAGCUUGCAAGCAGACUCGAGGACGUGAGCGCCCGGGAAUUGGCUCUUGAAGCGGCGGCUGAGCAGCUGAAGAGGAGAGAGGCGGCUGUAGCGGCACGGAUGGGUGAAGUAGAGGUUGCUCUGGCGGCUGUAGCGGGUAGGGAGGAGGAGGUGGUUCGGGCGCAGGAGGGGCUUGUGAGGGAGAGGGAGAGGAUGGAAGCCGAGGUGGAGCAGCAGAAGAGAGUGGUGGAGAUGGAACGGGAAGGAGUGGAGAUGGAAAAGCAGGAGGUUGCGGCGAGGGGAGAGGCGGAGAGGGAGAAAGUUCGGAUUGAGAGGGAGGCAGUGGGGAAAGAGAGGGAGCAGGUGGAGAGAGAGGCUGAAGAAGUCAAAAAGGCCCUUGCGGAGGUUCACAGGCAGAGGGGGUUGCUGGGAGAGGAGAGGGAAGCUGCUAGGGCAGAAGCAGCCGAGCAUCGGGCAGCGAUAAAAUCUCUCGUGGAGGAACGGGCAGCUGCUGAGAGAGGCGCGAAGGAGGCAAGGAACGCGUGGGAGAAGGCUAAAGGAGAGAUGGAUGCCCUGGAAGCGGAGAGGAAGGAGGUGUUGCAGGAGAGGGCGAGGCUGGAUGAAGAGAGGAAAGACUUUGUUAAGAAGAUCGCUUUGGAGAGGGAGAGUGUGGCAGUGGAUAGGAAACUGGCGCUGGAGAAGGUUGAGAGAGAUUCGGCUGGGGUGAAGCGGGAUAGAGAGUCUCUGGCGAAAGAGAGAGCAGCACUGCUGAAGGAGCGGGAGAGGGUGGAGAAGGAGAAGGAGGGCGUGCAGAAGAAGCUACUGGAGGUUCGGGUGGAGCGGGAGAAGGCCCGGGAGGAACGAACCAGCACAAGGCAGGAACUGGCGGAGAGCAGGGCGGAGAGAGUGAAGCUGGGGCAGCAGAAGGCUGAGUUAGAGCGGGAGAUUAAGGCGCUGCAGGCUGAGAAGGCGGAGGUGCAAGGCGAGAGGGUGAAGGCGGAGCGGGCGAGAGAGGAGCUGGAGAGGCUGCGGGAGGGGCUGGUUGCAGAGCGGGCGGAAGUGACUGCUGCGUUGGGAAGGCUGGAUAGGGAGCGGUUGGAUGUGGCUGCGCUGGCGAGGCGAGAGAGGGAGGCCGUGGAGAAAGAGAAGGCUGCUGCUGAGGCGAAGAUUGAGAAGGAGGGUGCGAGGUUGGCGAGAGAGAGAGCAGCUGUGGGGAAGGAGAGGGAGGCGGUCGGGUUGGAGAAGGAAGAGGUGGUGGGGGCGAGGGAGGAGGUGAGGACGGUGAGGGUUGCGUUGGCGGGGGAGAGACGGGAGUUGAAGAAGGAACAGGCGGAAGCCAAGGCUGCUGCUGCUGAGCUGAAGGCAGCUAGGGCUGCUGCGGAGAGGGAAGCAGAAGGGGCAAGAGUGGCUGCUGCUCGGGCGAGGGCGGAACAGGAGGCAGUCGUGAAGGCUGGGGAGAGCGUGGCUGCAGAGAGGGAGAAGCUUGGUGCUGCAGCGAGUGAGCUGGAGAAGGAGAAGGAGCUUCUGGAGAAGAUGCGAUCGGCCGCUGCUGCGGAACGGGCGGAACUAGCUGCUGAACGUGCAGGGAACGAGGGGCUGCUGAGGAAGAUUGAGCAGGAGAGGGAGGUGGCGAGGCAGGAGAGGGAGAAGGAGAGGAGGGAGAUUGGGGAGAGGAUUGCAGAGCUUGAGGGGCUGGAGAAGCAGCAGGCGGAGGCGAUCCAGGCGUCGAGGAACAUUCAGGAGCAGCGGGCGCAUCUGAGGGAGGAGACGGAGGAGUUGGAGAGGGAGAGGGCGCGGUUGAGGGUGGAGGAGGCGAAGGUGCGGGAGGGUGGGAGGGAGCUGCUGAGCGAGCGGGAGAAGCAGAGGGCUGCUCUUGAGAAGGAGAGGGACGAGGCUGCUGCGGCGCAGGCUGCCCGUGCUGCUGCAGAGGCUGAUAGGCUCGCGGAGAGGAUUGCGGAGUUUGAGGCGCGGAUGGAAGAGGAGAAGGCGAAGCUGCGGCGGAUGAGGGAGGCGGUGGAGGAGAAGCGGGUUGGGGUGGAAGAGGAGAGGGCGAGGAUUGAAGGCGAGAGGGAGGAGUUGAGGAGGCAGAGAGAGGAGAUGGUGGCGAAGCGGGUGGAGCUUAAGAAAGAGAUUGCGGAGAAGGAAGCAGAGGUGUUGCAGGUGGAGCAACUGAGAAGGCGGCAGGAGAGGGAGCUGAGGGAGCUGGAGAAGCAGCGGGCCAAGGUGAAGGAAGAGAGGGAGGAAGUGGAGCGGCAGAAUCUGGAGUUGGUGUCUCGCAGGGCAAAGGCUGAGGAGGAGGUUGCGACGACGCUGGCAGGGAUUGAGUCGGAGAGAGCUGCUGCAGAGAAGGAGCGGCAGGAGAAGGAGCGGGACUUGAUGGGCCGAUCCCGGAGGCUGGAUGAGGAGCAGAGGCGGCGGCGGGAGGAGUGGGAGGCUUCAGUGGAAGAGGAGAGGAAGAAGAUGGAGAGGGAGAGAGAGGCGGUCGCGCGGGACCGUGCGGAUACGCAGCGGCACUGGGAUGACGUGCAGAAGAUGAUUCAGGAGCUGCACCAGCAGCGGCGGCAGCUGAAGGAGGAGAAGGAGGCGGGGAGGCGGACGGAGAGUGCGGAGAGGAGGCUGUCGGGCGGGUCGAGCUGGAUUGCUGGCGGGCAUGAUUUGGCGGAGCAGCUGCGGUUUGCGAGGGAGAGGCUGAAUGAGGAGCGGGAGGAUUUCGAGAUGGAGAAGAAGGAGCUCGAGGCUCAGCGUCGGUCAGUGGAGAUGGAGCGAGAGGGCAUGGCAAGGGAGGCCGAACGGCUCCGUGUGCUCAAGUCCGAACUCGCCACCAUGGAGAGCUCCCUGCUGGCCUCUCCUGGCCAGGCUCAAGCGAAAUCUCAGGUGCCAGCAACAGUUGUUGCAGCAGCAGCAGCAGCAGCAGCAGAAGAGGCAGCAGAGGUAGCAGCAGCAGCAGUAGAUCGAGAGAUGGGCUUGUUUACUACUCCUGGAAAGGAAACAGGGGCUAAAUCGGCUCUCUUAUCCACUCCUACCUCUGCGCUUGCUGCUGCAGCAGCUGCCACAUAUGCCGCUGCUCCUGCUGCUGUGCCCAUGACCGAACCUCCAAAGCCGCGACGAAACUGGGCAUUGGAGCAAUGCAGGAAAACGGCGUUUGGUCUGGCUAGUCUGUGGGGCGGAGGUGGUGGUGCUGCUGGUGGUAGCAAGUCCCCUGGUGGUGCGGGUCCUUCAGACGUGACCCCUUCUCCAACUCGGCGCGCAAUGGACGCGUUACAGCGACUCUUGUCGCCGUCGCUGCUCGACCAAGUGAAAGCGUCUCUCUCCGCGCACCGGCCCUUGGCGGGUUUUGCGGCCAUUGAGAGGAGCCUUCUCGAGGAGUCCGCGCACCGGCGAGUGUUCGAUCAGCUGAUCGCUCCACUCACUGACCGCCAAGGCCCUUGCGCCAAGGACAGCGCAGUGACCGGUGAGGCCAAAACCGCAGGGAGCCGCGCGUUUGGAGAGCAGAAGUACGCCGAGGCUGUAGCUGGCUACAGCAAGGCCCUUCAGUACGCGCCUCUAUACUCACCUGACCUGCUGGCGGUGCUCUUCACCAAUCGUGCCACGUGUCUGCAUAAAAUAGGACAGCUAAGGGAGGGUGAGGAGGACUGCUCCCAUGCCAUCCACCUGUCUCCAUCUUACUGCAAGGCUUGGUUUCGCAGAGGAUGUAUUCGGGCUGCCCGGAAGAACUAUCACGCUGCAGUCACUGACUUGAAGAGAGCUCUCCUAUUGGAGGAGGCGGCUGGGAACCGACCUGGGGCAAAGAAAAUUGCUGACGAGUUGAAGAAGGCUGUAGAUGAGCAAAAGGAGGAAACCUUAACAACAACAGGAGAGAAACGGUUAACACCAGUAAACGAGGAAGCUGCAACAAGCGGAGAAACAGCAGCAGUCAGGCAAGGAGCAGUGCCAGCGGCAGCGUCAGCAGCAGCACCAGCAGCAGCACUAGACACAGAAACAGCAGCCAGGGGCAGUCACGGAGCAGUGGUAACUGCAUGGUUACAUCCGCAAGUGGAACCCUUCAGGCACAGAGGAACAGCCGAAAGGAACUCUCCUCUUCAUCCUACAGGCCCUACUGGCACUGCACCAGACUCUAAAAACCCUGCAAAUAUUGAGAUGCCUCAAGACACGACAGAGCCUUACCUAACAAGCACUGGCGCUGCCAGUGCCAUCGACCACACUCAUGCGAGACUUACCCAACCCUCAGACGCAGGGUGGGGCCUGAGAAUCGAAGCAACAAGCAGCGGAAGCAGUGCGGCAGGCGGCAAUGGGGCUUUUGAGAGUUCUCAAAAGUCAGACGACCGCAGAAUCAACACGGCGACCAAAACCACUCCAUGCGCUGGCUCUCUCGGCUUGCCAUCUGGCACUGUGGUGCUACUCGAAGAACCGUUAGCCGCGGCCCUCUUGAAGCCCCACCGCUCCUCCUGCUGCCACCACUGCCUGCUGCCCCUCCCCACCAACCCCUUCCCCUGCCCUGGCUGCUCCUUUGCCCUCUUCUGCCGCCCGCUCUGCGCUGCUAUGGCUCUGGGAGUGGCAACGUCCAUUACAGAUGCUGCUUCUACUGCCACAGAUGCUGCCUCUGCUACAGAUUCCACAGCUGCUACAAAUGCCCCACCUGCUACGGAUGCUGCCUCUUCUGCCACAGAUGCUGCCUCUGCUACAGAUUCCACGGCUGCUACAAAUGCCCCACCUGCUACAGAUGCUGCCUCUGCUACGGAUACAGGUGCUACAACCGCGUUAGAAAAUGGGGGAGAUACAGGUGCUACAGCAGCAGAGCUGCUACAGCCGGGGUGGAGGGCAGGUGUUACCCGGUGGGGGGAGCAUUCGGGGGAGUGUGGCGGCAGCAGCUGGCAUGCUGCCUUGCCGGUAGAGGCGUGCUUGGCUGUUUCUCGGGAACUAGCACGUGCAAGGGGGAAUGACAAGUGGAAAGAGCAGCAGCAGCAGUAUCAGCAUCAGCAGGAGCAACAGCAGCAGCAGCACCAUGUCUCUUCUCUUGUUCAGCAAUUGAGCCACUUCAGAGUGUCAAGUCUCCAAGUGCUGGUGGUGCUGGGUAAACUGCGGUUCAAUGCGGUGGCAGUGAGCCGAGUGCAAGGAGGGGAGAGUGGCGGCUCUGCUGGUCAACUGGAGGGGAUUGAACAGGUGCCCAUCGCCCAAGCCCUCUACCUCUCUGCAUCGCUUUUCAACCACAGCUGCCAUCCCAACGUCUCCCUCUCCUUCCCCUCCUCACUCCUUCCUCCUUCAUUCCCUCGCUCUCCUCUCCCUCUCUCGCCUUCCACCCCUCCCAUCAGUCCCUCCUCUCCUCUCCUCUCUGCUCCCUCGCCCUCCUCUCCUUCCUCUGAUCUCCAAAUUCAUUCACUCACACCCCCACUCCCUAGUCUCUCCUCCUCUUCUCUCCCUUUAUCUUCUCUUUUCUACGGUCGUCUUUUAGUGGCUCGAACUACCGAACCUGUCCUUCCGGGCCAAGAGCUCAGCAUUGGUUACGGAGCUCAGGCUGGGGAGAAGACAGCUUCGGAACGCCAAACCUGGCUCCGCCAGAGGUACUUCUUCCAGUGCUCCUGCCGAGCCUGCACCGAACCUGCCCGAGCUUUUCCGGACCUGUGCCUCCGAGGCUACCGGUGUCAUGCCAAGGGAUGUGGGGAGAGUGGUGUGGUACCAGGGCUGGCCGGUGGCAGUGGUUGGAAGUGUAUGGGUUGCGGAUGCGGACUCUUUGAGAAGGAGAGGAAGGAGGGAGGAGGUGGCAAGGGUGGGAGGAGGAAGAAAGUGACAAGUGAAGGAGAGUCUGUAGAGGGUGCAGGGGUUGAGGAAGCAGAGUGGGGGAUGAAGCUGGCUGCGACAGUGGAUGCGAUUAAAGUAGACUUGCUGAGGCUACGAGACUGUGAGAGCUCCGCUGCUCCGUCAGCAUCGACCCUCUCUCGUGCAUCCCGGCUGUUGGAUUCUCUCCGGCACCGGUUGCACCCACUCAACCGCACUCUCGCCGAGCUGUUGGAUUCUCUCCGGCACCGCUUGCACCCACUCAACCGCUCGCUUGCCGAGAUCUGGUGUGUGGGCCUCUUUGCAUGA